AAAAGAAAAAUAAAUAAAAUAAAAUAAAAUCAAAAGCCCAUUUCAUGUGACCUCCAAAAACCGACUAAAACCAUCAAACCCUCUCUCAAAAUCCUCUGAAAAUGGCGGGUGUCUGCACAGUCUACACGAUCCAAUCCCUCAGUUCCACAGCUUCAAUCUCCACACCCGCCAAAACCCACUUCGGUUUUCACCAAAAACAGGUGGUUUUCUACAGGAGGACCAGCAAGAGAGGCGGCUUCGUGUGCUCCGCCGACGCAAACACGGUGGUGAUAGGUUUGGCGGCGGACUCCGGAUGCGGGAAGAGCACCUUCAUGAGGAGGCUGACGAGUGUGUUCGGAGGGGCGGCCGCGCCACCCAAGGGUGGCAACCCGGACUCCAACACACUCAUCAGUGACACCACCACCGUGAUAUGUUUGGAUGACUAUCAUUCUCUUGAUCGGACGGGGAGGAAAGAGAAAGGUGUGACUGCUCUUGACCCUAGAGCCAACAACUUUGAUCUCAUGUAUGAGCAGGUCAAGGCUCUCAAGUUUGGGACUGCUGUUGACAAGCCUAUUUAUAACCAUGUUAGUGGCCUCUUGGACCCUCCUGAGCUCAUUAAGCCCCCCAAGAUUCUGGUCAUUGAAGGGUUGCAUCCAAUGUAUGAUCAGCGUGUGAGGGACCUCUUGGACUUCAGUAUCUACUUGGACAUCAGCAAUGAAGUUAAAUUUGCCUGGAAAAUUCAGAGAGACAUGGCAGAGCGAGGACACAGUCUCGAGAGCAUCAAAGCCAGCAUUGAAGCCCGAAAACCAGAUUUCGACGCUUACAUUGAUCCACAGAAGCAAUAUGCUGAUGCAGUUAUCGAGGUGUUGCCGACGCAACUCAUUCCCGGAGACAACGAGGGGAAGGUACUGAGAGUAAAGUUGAUCAUGAAAGAAGGAGUGAAGUACUUCGACCCGGUUUACCUGUUUGACGAAGGUUCCACCAUCUCCUGGAUACCUUGUGGGAGGAAGCUGACUUGUUCUUACCCUGGCAUCAAAUUCUCCUAUGGCCCUGACACUUACUUUGGCCAGGAGGUGUCUGUGUUGGAGAUGGAUGGGCAAUUUGACAGAUUAGAUGAGCUGAUCUACGUCGAAAGCCAUCUGAGCAACCUCUCCUCCAAGUUCUAUGGUGAAGUCACCCAGCAAAUGUUGAAGCACGCUGACUUCCCGGGCAGUAGCAAUGGUACCGGUCUCUUCCAGACCAUCGUCGGAUUGAAGAUCAGAGACCUCUACGAGCAACUUGUGGCCAGCAAGGCCGCGGCUCCGGUGGAGGCCACGAAAGCCUAAAAAGACCCUGAAGAUGUUGAGAGCAAAGGGCCACCAAGUCAUAUAAAAUUGUCCUUCCACCCAGAAUUUUUCCUUAGAUUUUAUUUUCCCCUCCCUAUUUAUUGUUUCAGUUUGAGUGUUAGGAUAUUCCUUCUGAGAGAGAAUGAGAAACACUCCACAUGUAUGUAAUUUCAGUUGCAACUCUUGAAGAGACUGUGAUGUGUAGUAUAUAGAAUCAAAAGCAGAAAAAGAAAUUCAGUUCAGAAGAUAAAGGAACACUGAAGAAAUACCUUUAUGGCAUACUGUUUCUCUUUUCCUUCCAUGUAACUUGAUUUCCCUUGCAUCAUCAAUCCAACCGCCUUUGAAGUUCUCA